AUGAGAGAAGGUCCUUUGGUGGUGCUUGCCUCUUGCCCCAGAGCGCCACAGUGGACGAUUCCCACAUCUACGAAGAAUGGCACCUUUUCGACUGCGAAGGACGGCCCUGGGCCGGGCCACUAUGAGGUCACAUGCGAGGCCUUGCGGCGGCGCGGGGCAGGCAGCUUUUCGAAGGCUCGGUCCAAAGAGAUGAUUCGAUCCUCGGACUGCCCAGACAUGUACAGCGGGGUGCCGCCGGCACACAUCAAGGGCGGCGUGUUACCUCGAAGUGGAUGUGGCGCAGAGCCGCCAAGCACAACCCUGGGAUGCACGUACUGCCCGCCAUCGUCACUCCGGCGGAAGGGUGCUGUUUACUUAGGCGAGGCGCCAGUGCGGCGGAGCGAGAUGCCACGGCGCCCCGCUUCAGCUCCCGCCGCCCGCAGCGACCUACCCGAGCGCCGAAGAGAGGAGAAGUCCAAUGCGGCUCCUGGAUGGAGCUUCGGGACGAGCCAGAGAAGGAGCUUCGCGAAAACCACGGGACAGGAUUUGUACAUGCCUCCCUCGACGCUCCGGACUCGUUCUGCCUCGUGUGCGAAUGGCCAUCGACCAGAAGAUGGCAAUCACUUUGAGAUGAGGCCUGAUCCGCAGACGUACGACCCCUCUGUGGAGGCCAAGGCCUCCGCGCCGAAGUUCGGCGCGGCGCGGCGCUGGAGCUCCCAGCCACAGAUCUCGCACCUGGGGCCAGGCAGCUACAGCGCAGCUCUGGAGAUGCCGGUGAAGGGCGUGGUGAAGAUGAGCUCCACCCGCAGGUUCGCGGCGAAGGGCGAGGAUUGGGAGCCUGGCCCAGGAGUCCGGAUCUGA